AUGUCUGAGGCCGAUUCCAAGACUAUUCACGUGAACCCCCAGGUUCAAACCCCACCACCCCGAGCUUACCUGUCGUCGCUUAUGCCCGGCAAUACCGUCGGCGUCCCACUUCCCGCCGACAACAUGAACGCCCCCGCUGCUGGAGCAACUGCUAUCAACCAGGCUCGCAACCAGGACACCCAGAAGCCGUUCCCCGCCAUCCCUGAUGAGGAGGUUGAGGAGGCAGACUGGAUCGCUCGAUGGCUGGAGAAGACAGAGAUGGAGCAGGCCGAUAAGUACAACCGGACCGUAACGAUCUCGCCUCUUCCAGAUGACGCGACUGUUGCCGACGUCCUGCCUCGCAUCCGUGGUGGCGUGGACUCGUGCUACGUCAGCCAGUUCGAGGAGACCCGCGUUGCCGUUGUCACCUUCAAGCGUUCCGCAGACGCCAUCACCUACGCUGACUUCUGCAAGGAGACUCCGAUCUGGGGCCUAUGGACCUUCCAGAUCUCCCGACCCGGUGUCCCGUUCACGUGGGAGCGCCGCGCCAAGGUCAAGCUGUACAAGGCAGCGCCCGGGAUGGGAUCCGUCUGGAAGCGUGGAGAUAUCCCUACCCAGCCCCGGGACGUCGUUGUCGCGGGCUCCCGCUGCCUCAAGUACACCGGCUGCAAGCCUCACGAGGUCGCCAAUAUCUAUCGAGCCCUAGGCCUUCAGUACUCGCAGCACCAGAGAGACCAGGUUGAGGGAAUGUGGCUGGACGGCCCGGUACGCGAUGGCAAGGGAGACCCCGUCCGCGGUACCCUCCACGUCUGGUAUACCAGUAUCAAGGCGGCCCAGGAGGCCAAGGUCCGUGUGACCUCGCUCGAGUUCGAGUACGACCCUUGCUCCGACUCGCCUGAGAAGCUCCUCCUGUAUCUCGACGAGGGCGAUGACGUUCCGAUCUUCCGGCACCACGAGCCUUUCGUGAACCUCGUGGACCUGGACCAGAAGAGCAUUCUGACGGGAAUUCGCGAGGGCCUGGUCGACCCUGCUCAGGCCUACUGGCGGUGCCGUGUUGUUACCCAGCCGAAGCCAGAUGUCAUGGAUAACCUGGCCGCGCGCCUCCAAUGGUCUCUCCAGACCAACGGCGGACGGCAGGCGAUGUCGACUUUCCCGGGCGCCUACCAGCAGCCCGGCGUCAUUAUUCCUCCAGCCGCCCUCAGCGAUCCCUUUCUCGACACCCAGCCUAUAGGCACGGGCUUCCCCCCUCAGCACAACCGCGAUAUUCCUGUCUACAGACUGCCCGGAAUCGACCAGAACAUUCCAACGGAGUAUCAGCCAUUCGCGGCCAGCCGAGCCGUCCCGCCGGGACACCAUCUGUCUCCGUUGGAGACCUACGUCGCCCGGACCCAGGAGCGUCAGGCCCUGGGCUUCCCUCCGUACCACAAUACGGACCAGAACAGCGUGCUCUACCGCACCACUCAGCCUGUUUAUGACCUCACCACGGACACCGACAACAAAAACAACAACAGCAGCAGUGACGGCACCGGCACCGGAACCUUUGGCGGCAUCGGCGUGAUCGGUGACAACAUCCGCACCACCAACACUAACCUCGCCACCAACAACUCUAACCUGGGUGGUGGCGAUGAUGACACCCGGACCAAUCUGACGGAUGCUCCGCAGGACAUCCAGGUUCCAGGAGACUCUGCACCCACCACUGUAUUUGCUACAUCUCUCAUUUCUGAUUCUUCAUCUCUUACCCAGGGCGCGACAUACGCCGUCUCCUUGCAAACCUCUGUUGCCGGUCACAAGAUGGACCAUGGCUAUGCUGGCAAUUCUAGCAAGGAGGUCUGCGCGGACAACUUUGGCACUGGCUCUAAUUGCUCUAUCGAGCCUACUGUCGUUGGACUGCGUGGUGGCGGUAAGGCCACAAAGUCUGACAAGACUUCGUCGACAGACACAAGUGAAUCUGUCGACGCCCCUCUCACUUCAGCUCCUGGCAAGUACUCCCGCAAGGACUUGAGCACCCAGGAUGUCUUCUGGACCUGCAGCCUGGAGGAGUUCCGCGCCAUGAGCGACGAGCAGUGGGCAUCAUUCGGCACUGCCUUCUACGUUGCUCCAGCCGGCUUUGACACGGCUACAAAGCACGUUGUCCAGCUUGAGUGA